AUGUUGAGGAGACAAGCUCGUGAGAGAAGGGAAUAUCUAUAUCGGAAAGCCCAAGAGCUACAAGAGACACAAUUACAACAAAAAAGACAGAUUAUCAAGCAAGCACUUGCUCAAGGUAAGCCACUACCGAAAGAAUUAGCAGAGGAUGAGCAGCUACAAAAGGAUUUCCGUUAUGAUCAGAGUAUGGCUGACAAUGAGGAUGAGGCCGGUGUUGAUGAUGAGUAUUCUGCAAGUAGUGGUAUAGUUGAAGCAAGAGUUAUUGUAACUACAUCCAGAGAUCCAAGUUCAAGAUUAGCGCAAUUUGCCAAGGAGAUAAAACUACUGUUUCCUAAUGCAGUAAGACUGAAUAGAGGUAACUACGUUAUGGCAGACUUGGUAUCGGCUUGCAAAAAAUCAGGCACAACAGAUUUGAUUGUACUACAUGAGCAUAGAGGUGUCCCAACAUCUUUAACAGUAUCGCAUUUCCCAUAUGGGCCUACGGCAUUUUUCAGUUUACACAAUGUAGUUCUAAGGCAUGAUAUACUAAACAGAGGUAAUCAAAGCGAAGUCAAUCCACAUCUGAUAUUUGAUAAUUUUACUACACCUCUAGGUAACAGAGUUGUUACCAUAUUGAAAAAUCUUUUCCCACCAGGGCCAAAAAAGGAUUCUUCUAGGGUAAUAACUUUUGCAAACAGAGGUGAUUUUAUUAGUGUUAGACAACAUGUAUAUGUGCGUACAAAAGAUGGUGUUGAGAUGGCGGAAGUUGGUCCUAGGUUUGAAAUGAGACUCUUUGAAUUAAGACUGGGUACAUUGGAGAACAAGGAUGCUGAUGUCGAAUGGCAACUGAGAAGAUUUGUUAGAACUGCAAACAGAAAGGAUUACUUGUAA